UUAACGAACCCGCCGUACCUUACUACAGCAUUGAUUGGUCCAACCUAGUUACACGUCAAUACACUGUGUCGCACAGCCCGGAAAUAACUGGGUAUUACAUGGAAUAGUUUGUAAACUAUAUCUGGACAAUAAUACGAUAUACUUACACAUCUUCAGAAGAAAAUGGCUCUGAAACGAAUCAAUAAGGAAUUGCAAGACCUUGGGAGAGACCCUCCAGCACAAUGCUCAGCUGGUCCAGUUGGAGAUGAUUUAUUUCAUUGGCAAGCAACAAUAAUGGGUCCUCCAGACAGUCCAUUUCAAGGUGGUGUAUUUUUUCUCACAAUACAUUUUCCAACAGAUUAUCCAUUCAAACCACCAAAGGUUGCCUUUACAACAAGAAUAUACCACCCUAAUAUAAACAGCAAUGGCAGUAUUUGUUUGGAUAUCCUAAGGUCACAGUGGUCACCUGCAUUAACUAUAUCUAAAGUGCUGCUGUCCGUAUGUUCUUUACUGUGUGACCCCAAUCCUGAUGAUCCACUAGUUCCUGAAAUCGCUAGACUAUUCAAGUCAAACAGAGAAAAAUAUAAUUCCAAUGCCCAGGAGUGGACGAAAAAAUAUGCCACAUAACUAAGAUAGUGUAGCUGCAGUGUGAAUAUUUAGUGUGACCUGAUGACCUGUAGCCAAUAAUCAAACUAUCAAGACACUCAGAGGAACAACACAGCUAAGGGAUGGACUUAAAGUUGUACACAAUAAUCAAGGAACAGGGAUGGCUGCAGAUUGAACCAAAAUACUGCCUCCAAACAAUUUCAUAAUUCAGUUUUGUCACAUUGAUGGACUUCAGUAUGUUAUGUUGUGUGAAGCAUAUUCAAUGUCACCUAACAAAGUAAUGGACUCUUUAAUGUAUAAAUUCUCACCAAUUAUAUAUGUCUGGUAAACUACAUGACUCUCUCUUGUGAGCUUAAUUUGCAACUUAGUUUAAAUAAUCAGCCCAAAUUCUUUAUGGUAUAAUGACUGCAAUCACUGAAUCAGGCAUGAGGUAUAUAUUAGUACCACACAGUGUGAUGUGUAUUAGCCUCAGGUGUGAGGUGUUAGUACCACACAGUGUGAUGUGUAUUAGCCUCAGGUGUGAGGUGUUAGUACCACCCAGUGUGAUGUGUAUUAGCCUCAGGUGUGAGGUGUAGUACCACCCAGUGUGGUGUGUAUUCAGCCUCAGGUGUGAGGUAUUAGUACCACCCAGUGUGGUGUGUAUUCAGCCUUAGGUGUGAGGUGUUAGUACCACCCAGUGUGGUGUGUAUUCAGCCUCAGGUGUGAGGUAUUAGUACCACCCAGUGUGGUGUGUAUUCAGCCUCAGGUGUGAGGUGUUAGUACCACCCAGUGUGAUGUGUAUUAGCCUCAGGUGUGAGGUGUAGUACCACCCAGUGUGGUGUGUAUUCAGCCUCAGGUGUGAGGUAUUAGUACCACCCAGUGUGGUGUGUAUUCAGCCUCAGGUGUGAGGUGUUAGUACCACCCAGUGUGAUGUGUAUUCAGCCUCAGGUGUGAGGUGUUAGUACCACCUAGUGUGAUGUGUAUUCAGCCUCAGGUGUGAGGUAUUAGUACCACCCAGUGUGGUGUGUAUUCAGCCUCAGGUGUGAGGUGUUAGUACCACCCAGUGUGGUGUGUAUUCAGCCUCAGGUGUGAGGUGUUAGUACCACCCAGUGUGGUGUGUAUUCAGCCUCAGGUGUGAGGUGUUAGUACCACCCAGUGUGGUGUGUAUUCAGCCUCAGGUGUGAGGUAUUAGUACCACCCAGUGUGGUGUGUAUUAGCCUCAGGUGUGAGGUGUUAGUACCACCCAGUGUGGUGUGUAUUAGCCUCAGGUGUGAGGUGUUAGUACCACCCAGUGUGGUGUGUAUUAGCCUCAGGUGUGAGGUGUAGUACCACCCAGUAUGAUGUAUUAGCCUCAGGUGUUUGAGUACCACACGAUAAUUGACACUACAAAGUUUUGUAUGAUCUUUUUGUCUGGGGUUGCAUCAGCACUACAUGGCAAGAUUCAAAUCAUAUAGAUGAAAUGGAUCAUGAGAGGAUGUGUUCAAGUAUCUCUUCUAAAACAAUUUGAUGUCUGAUACAGCUACAUGCCAAAAUGUUCUGUUCUUCUAUAAUUGUCAUUUUAGUCAUUUGCAAACUUGCUUGUUGAGCUUACGGGUACAUAAAUAUACUUUGCAGUCAUCUGUAUAUACCACCAGUGAAAUUGUAUUCUGAUAAUUAGUUAUCAGAAUCUAUCUCCUUUUUUAUUGUGACAAUAUGACUUGUUAUUUUUUAUUAUUAUUAUUGCUUGUUUUUUUUUUCUUUUUUUUCUUUGUGCUAAAAUUUGAUAAGUCACAUUAUUGUGUACUCGUGUUUAAAUGGACAGGCCUAACAUACAGAUUUUUGUUCAUGCAAAGUAAGUUCAUACUUAAAGGGACUGAUAGUAAUGAGAUGAUUCAAUCUGGUUAUAUAACAGAUGGAUAGUGAUGGAAUGAACCAAUAAGAAAUCAGGUUAUAUAACAGAUGGAUAGUGAUGGAAUGAACCAAUAAGAAAUCAGGUUAUAUAACAGAUGGAUAUAUAGUGAUGGAAUGAACCAAUAAGAAAUCUUGUUAUAUAACAGAUAGAUAGUGAUGAAAUGAACCAAUGAGAAAUCUAGUUAUAUAACAGAUAGAUAGUGAUGGAAUGAACCAAUGAGAAAUCUGGUUAUAUAACAGAUGAAUAGUGAUGGAAUGAACCAAUAAGAAAUCAGGUUAUAUAACAGAUGGAUAGUGAUGGAAUGAACCAAUAAGAAAUCAGGUUAUAUAACAGAUGGAUAGUGAUGGAAUGAACCAAUGAGAAAUCUAGUUAUAUAACAGUUUGAUUGUGAUUGGAUGAACCAAUGAGAAAUCUAGUUAUAUAACAGUUUGAAUGUGAUUGGAUGAACCAGUGAGAAAUCUAGUUAUAUAACAGUUUGAUUGUGAUGUGAUAAACCAUUGGGAUAUUGCAUUAUAAAACAGACUGAUAGUGAUUGGAUGGAAAUGCUGUGUUGCUAUUGUAAGAAAUGAGUUACUAAUUUACACCUAUUUUACUUAAGAAUUAGAGCUGAAACAUAUUUAUAUACCUAUAGUGCUUGACAAAGGAAUCGUUUAUCCAUUAGAGUAUGCCAUUGUUGUUCGUUUCCGAGGUUUUCUGAAUUAAGUGUAUUUUGGUAGGUUGUUUUACCCAGCUAACUGGACUUUGAAGUUGUUGAUAUGUUGUACACUAUACCUCACUUAGUUUGCCCUUUGUUUCAAUGUGUUUUGUCCUAUUUGCACAAAAAGGAUACAGGAAUGAAGGGUUUUGCACUGUUCAACAACACGCUGGGAUAUCCUUUAUGAAAUCAACAGCAUUUUACAAUUUUCAUAAAAAGUCAGAAUAAUUUAUUAUGCGAUAAAUAUACAUUUGUAUACUGCAAAAGUGGAUAUUUUGCAUGCUGAAAUUUUCGCUUAGUCAGAUUCCAAACUGUUUGUGAUGUGGAUAUUUUGGCACUGUCAUUCAUGAUUAAAAUAUAUUUUCGCACUACAAUGUCAUGGGGCAUGUACGUAAAGUAAGAUUUUUUCCCCAGAAAACUCCAUUGAAAGGUUGCGUUGAUCAGCCCAAUAAAAUUACCAAUACUUUGAUCAACAAGUUAAUGGGUUGUAUGUGUGAUAAUUGCAGUAUGUCUAUGAGAAAAACAAUUAUAGAUGUCACACAUUUUAGCGUUGAUUCAGUUUUUUUGCAUUGAAACAUACGCCAAGCACGAGACAGCUGAUUGCAACUUUAGGCCCGGACAAUCUAUAACGAUGUAUGUAUACGAUAUCCAUAUUCAUGCUGUUUGGCAAACAAAUUAAGAAAUCAUGUGUGUAUUGUCAAAUACAGUGUUAACUUAGUAUUUUGAUUAUUCAAUUACGACUGAACAUCUCUUAAUUAUUGUAAAACAGGUAUUACCUGUAAACUUCCUCCCUCACGCUAAUUAGACAAGCCACGCGAGGUGCUGCCCACAGUAUAGUUGAAAGGAUCGGCAGUACAAUCAUGCUGAGUGACAUGAUAAGCAUUCAUGUCCAGUCAAAACAAACACAGGUGUCUCAAUAAGCGUUGUGUCUCAAUUAGCGAUGGUUAAUAUUGCAGGUAUCAAAUAAGUUUGGUAAAUAAUUAAAUACGACUGGGCAAUUUAAAAGCAGACAUAUUGAUGUCUGACCUAAUUCUCUAACAUAUACCUGUUUCUACAGUAGCCCUUUCAUAAACACAACAGCUUAUGUAUACUAUGUUUUCAAUAUAUUAAACGAGUCAUUCAUUGCAAUAAUGUAUUGAUAGUUUCUGAUUCAAAUAAAACAUAUUACCAAGCAAAGACUUUACGUUUCUAUUACAAGUAGUUGGUCUUUUGUGUAACAAAUGAAACCUGUGCUGUUUUGGGGCCUAUAGCUACAAAAUGCCCGAGCGGCUCCGGGACUAAUAUGUACCGUAACAUUAACGCUGUAACAAUCACAAUUACCGCAAAAUGAAGAAAAUUUAAUGAUAAAUAAAGACAACCAGAUAAAAUAUCAUUUCACACUUUACUUAAAUCAGUAUAGCCAUGCAUGUCUCUUGAUCGACUCUGACAACUUUACACAUCACGGACGAUAUGACGCUUCAUUGCCGACAUAUGGUAUACCACUAGGAACAUGCGUCUUGGAUUUUAUGGUAUUUAGUUUAUUUGGUGGAAAUAUCCAUGUGUCAAUAUUUUCCCUGCUUGUUAUGUGCGCGAGAGGAUAAUUUCAUGGAUAUAAUUUAUAAUGGUCGCGAAAUAAGCAAAAAUUUCCAUGCUGCAAACAUUUCCACUUUUACAUUUGAUAUACCAGUUUGAUGGUUGUUUUGUCAUAAAGUUCUUAUAGUUUGAACAUAGAAACCAUGAUUUAUUCCUAUUCAAUAAAUAUUAUAUGAAAUUUUACAUAGAAACCAUGAUUUAUUCCUAUUCAAUAAAUAUUAUAUGGGAUUUUUGUUAUAAGGUUUUCGUUGAACAUUUUCCUGGAGAUGAUGUAUAAAAUUGUCUAUAAAUCUGCUCAAAUAUUUGGCCAGGGUGUUGGUGUUCAUUGUUUACUAGAAACUCGCUUCAGAUUUUGGAUUGGAAUUUCUAGUCUUUGCAAGUUUGGUUUUUGUUUUUAAAAAUGACAACUUCAUUAAAAAUUGUUGACACUUUCAAACUGUACUAAACACUAGUAAGUAUACUGCUUACCUCAUCUCAUGUCAGAUGUCUUGCAAUAUCUGCAAUUUUUGAUUGGGUGUGUAUGUAUGAUUGGCUGAUGUCUUUUAGAAUAGGAGUUAUCUGCCCUUUAUGAUUAAACAAAAAUAUUUUUUUCUUUUGCUCACAUGGCACAAAUUAGUGCCAGUGAGCUUAUGCUAUGGUGCAUAAGUUGGCAUCCGUCAUCUGUCUGUCUUUCAACUUCUUCCAGAAAACCACAAGCAGCUGAGAACUGAUAUUUGGUCACAUGAUCGAUAACAUUCUUCCCAUCAUAUCAUGCAUCACAUCACUUUAUGUAAAGGGUUUCACAUUGGUUAUGUUUGAUUUUACAGAAACACCAACAGGGAUAAGUUUUGGUAUUUCAAUACCAAUAACCGAUUUGGACAAUGCACCUUUGCAAAACCCUACAUUAUAAUUAAUGAAUGCAUCAGAUAAUCAUAACACGUCUGUUGCAAAUAUUGUAUACUAUUUUCUUAAACAUCACUAACAUGUUAAGAUCAAAAUGAAAGUUAGAAAUAGUAAUUCUUAUAAUUCCUUACUAACCAUGUGAGCGAUUCAGGCCCUCUGGGCCCCUUGUUAUAUGGAAUCUACAUGUCUAUUUUGUGCCAACACGGGGGAAACCACAUACAGCUUUAUAGAGAAUCACACAGGAUUGUAACUCGUAUACAAUUUUACAGUUUUUUUUUCCCUUUCAGACCAUCAGAAUGUACCUUAGAUCUUAGAUCACAGUAAUGCUUGAUUCUCAGUUUUGUAUCGGGUUGACCUUUGCCUGAUGUUUAUUGAUGGUUACAUUGGCUACAUAUUUAAGCUCAGAAAUUAAAAUGUCUUUGAAUUUGGAUAUGUAUUGCAUCAGUGUGGAUGCUGUCUGAAAGCUGCAAGUGAAAAUAAAUAAUCCUGAAACAGAUA